CAGAGACGUAUAUUGAUAUUUCAGCUUUGGAACAAAAUACCUUUGAUAAUUGUUAAGCUGUUGAAGAAUCGGCAUGUGAUCAUGUGGGAGAAGCCACCUCUAAAUAGCAUACACCUACAUAAUAUAUAACGAGUUAUCAGACGCACAGCUGCGCUCAGUUGUUCGACGGUACACUCGCUGGACUGUCGUAUGAUACGUUAACGGAUAACGAAAACAAUACCUAUCGUCGUAAUUUACAAUAAAUUAAUAACAUUUAAUUAUUGUCUUUUGGCUGCGAGGUAAAAAGAAGAUUUAUUUUGACGGACCGCAGACGUGACGGAAAUGAUCGAACUACAUAACCUUUACGGUGUAGUGUUGAUAUUUUUGGUGGGUUUGAUAUCGUAUGCGAUAUGGUCGCGGCUCCGCAUGCCGUUGGAAUACCGACAGAUCUCGUCUCACGUACCAUCCGCUACGAAAACCUUUUGGAGUGAGAUACAAUUAUCGUGGAAGAUGGCAAUGUUUCAGCCCAAGGAUAUACUGCCAUUUCUUUUGGAGUUGACAAAAAUUUACGGUUCAGUAGUUCAUUUUAACUUUUCAAGUCGAUCAUACGUUUUGAUAAACAAUAAAGAUGAUUUAAAAAUUCUACUGUCCAGUACCCAAUAUAUCAAGAAAGGUCCAGAGUAUGACAUGUUGAGACCUUGGCUGAACGACGGUCUUUUGUUGAGUUCAGGUCAAAAAUGGCAAAACCGGCGGAAGCUCCUUACCAAUACGUUUCACUUCAAAACAUUAGGCAUGUACAAUAUUUCAAUUAACAAACAUUCGCGUAAAUUGGUUGACAAGCUAUUGAAUGCGUCUGAGAAUGGCAAUCAAGAAAUCUCUAUCUUUGACUACAUCACUUUGUGUUCUUUGGAUAUGAUGUGUGAAACAAUAAUGGGUACCGAGAUGAAUGCUCAAGAAGGUAAAUCAGUUGAAUAUGUUCAUUCAAUCAAAUGUGCUUGCAAAUCAGUGAUUGAGCGUGUUUUCAAAGUUUGGCUAUGGAAUGAUUUUAUUUAUAGAAUUAGCAAAAGUGGUCAAAGAUUUUUUGAAUCACUCAAUGUGCUACAUGAGUUUACUGAUAACGUGAUUAAAAAUAAACGAGCUUUAUUGAAUAGAACAAUUAUUGAAAAAGUGCAGUCCGACAGUACAUUUGAAAAACCGCAAAAGAAAUCAUUCUUAGACUUACUUCUUAACGUCUUGAAUGACAACCCGGAUCAGAUGAACGAUAAAGAUAUUCGUGAAGAAGUAGAUACGUUUCUUUUUGAAGGUCACGACACAUCUUCUAUAUCAAUGACAAUGACUUUAGUUUUGCUGGGGAUAUAUCAGGAUAUUCAAGAUCGAGCUAGGGACGAGCUAUUUGACAUUUUUGGAGACUCUGACAGAGAUGCUACGAUGGAAGACUUAAAUUCCAUGCAAUAUUUAGAAGCCAUCAUUAAAGAAUCUCUUCGACUUUAUCCAAGUGUCCCGGGCUUUAGUAGAGUACUAGAAACGCCAUUAUCGAUUAAUAAUUAUACUAUUCCUCCAAAGACAGUAGUAAUAGUAUAUCCCUAUGUUCUACACCGCAAUGAAGACAUAUAUUCAAAUGCUGAAGAAUUUAAGCCUGAAAGGUUUUUGGAAGAGAAAAAUAAGGAAAAAUUUCAUUUUGGAUACAUACCAUUUAGCGCUGGUGCCAGAAAUUGUAUUGGGCAAAAGUAUGCAAUGAAUCAAAUGAAAACUGUUAUAUCAACCAUAUUACGGAACAUGAAAUUGGAAUCAUUGGGGAGCAAAGACGACAUUCAAGUUAUCACGCAUUUAAUCUUGAGAAUAGAAUCAAUUCCAAAGAUGAAGUUUUUUAAACUUAAAUAAAAUUAGAUAAACCAUUAUCUACGUGGAUAAUAAAUUAUAAUUGGUUAUAUAUUAAUUAUUUAAAAUAACAUGUAUACCAUUAAAUUAUAAUUAAUUAUAUAUUAAUUAUUUAAAAUAAUAACAUGUAUACCAUUUUAUUUAUAUUUGAUUGAUUUUAUGAAAAAAGAUAACUGUGAUUCUCCGGAGAUUGUUUUAAAUUUAGAGCGGAAAAAUAAAUAUACCUAUUAAUUAUACAACGA